AAAAUUACACUGAGCUUUCAUCACCUUCAGGGUAAAAACACGAACCUCCAUAUUAGUUAGCAAUUCAAAUUUUUUCCUCACGAUCAUCUACAAUAUUUUCGCAUGCGGUUCAAACUUAAAGUUUCCGGCUCAAAGUUGCCAUGUACUAACGUUAGACCGCUUGUUGACGAGAACAAUCCAUGAUUGCUUUAAAAUGGCUUUCUUCAAAGUAAAACUGUCGAAAUUCGAACAGAAAUUGUCUCACAAAAUGAAAACAACUUUGACGUUGAGAGACACGUGAAAAGACAACCUCGUUCCUGGCCUCUCUCGCUUGAUUGGCCAGGCCCACCUGAAGGGGAAUCCCCUAAUUCGAGUUUAGAGUAUGAUUAAUCACGAGACACGAUCUUGUUGGUAGACGUUUUGGCCUCUGUAGGCGGAUGUUUACAGAUUAACAACUAGUAAGAAUGCCUGGGUUUAGACUGGUUGGCUUUGCACAAAUUCCUGCUAAAUACCUUUGUAAGUCAUGUGGUCUGCUAUUGCGAGAAGCAGUACAAACCUGUUGCGGUCACCAUUAUUGCAAAACCUGCCUAUUGGAGAUUUUAACUCAUGAACCGUCUUCAGGGUCUGUGAAGUGUUUAGAUGAGAGUUGCAACAGACCAUUGGGGAAAAACUCGUACUUUGAUGACAACAGUUUUGGAAGAGAGAUACUGAACAUUGUAACUCUGUGUUUGUACAAAGAUGCUGGAUGUCAAUGGAUGGAUGCUGUCAAAAAUGCAGAACAUCAUUACCGAGAGUGCAAUUUUAAGCCAACUAUGUGCACCAAUGCUGGCUGUAAUCAAAACAUACCAUUGUGUGCAUUAGCCCAACAUCAGGAGAAGGAAUGUCCCUUUAGAAAUGUGGUGUGCCACUCAUGCAAUUCAGCAAUCAAAUGGACUGAGCACGCAUUGAAUAAGCAUUUAGAUGCAAAGGAUGGAGAUUGUACACAGAUGGAGUGUCCAUACAGAGAGUACGGAUGUGACCAUCCUGAGAGGAUGAAUUCCGUAGAGCUCAAGACUCAUCUAGACGCCUGUGUUGUAACACAUCAGUUGAUUUUCUUGAGACAGCACAAAAGAUCAAGCACUAAUCAACAUCCAUGCGAUGUUGCCGACACUGAGGCCGAGUUAGGGGCCUUGAAACGAAGUUUUAUCUCAGCUGAAACAUGUCUUUUAAGACACGAUUGGGCGCUCAGUGACCACUACCAACUUAUUACGCACUUGAGAAAAGAUGUGGAGGAAUUGAAAGAUCUCAGGUUAAAGAAAGAUGGUCAGUGAUUCUUUGGGUUAGAUGUUGUCAGUUUUCUUGUUCUUGACCACACGGUUACAUAACUUAACAUCUAAUUUAAGGUACAAUUAGGUAAAGGAACAUACUGAAUACAUGUAAAAGUAGUUUAAGUUUUUAUUUUGGUUGUUAGUUCCACACUUUUGGUUAGUAAUUAGACGUAUAUAUUUUUUUAUUGUGAUGCAGAGAAUCAUAGUUACAUGAAGUAAAGCUUGAGUGACUUGAGUGAAAUGGAUAGAAUUAGCAAACGGUGCGAUAGUAGCAUAGGAGUAUAAAAGGGAAGGGAACUUAGGUCGACUGAGGAACCAGACCCAAACCUCUCUCGGUUUUCCACUCUUCCCCAACUAUAGCGCUGUUUGCUAUUGCGCUCCGUUCUACUAACUAAUGCUUGGCACAGGCUAAGAAAAUAGUUUAAAGUGUUUAUAGCUUUUUAGAGGGCCAGUUCUCGGUAGAUUUGUACAUAAUCUCGUACAGUCACGUUAGGAUAUUUGUAGUACAUUUAUUUUAAACAUAUUUUAUUUUCCGUAUGUUUGUUUGUGGAAAAAUGUGGUCAGGCGCAUGAAAAUCUAAUAAAACUGUUUGUAGUAAAGCUAUUAAAAUAGUCCUUUAGA